CAUAUGCAGCAAUGAGGUAAACGUAUUGGUCUGCUGAUAGUGUAGGCGCGCCAUUGUUUCAUUAAUUAUGACUCUGUAUAACACUGAAGCAAAACAUUGUGGGCACCAUUGGAAAAUUUACUUGGUCUGGCUGAUCAACUUGUUUUUACACUUUGGUGUCUUUGCUCAGUCUAGAUCGGUGACAGUAGAUCCUGCUACAGAAAAAUUGGGUGAAAAUGCAUUGAUAACGUAUACAUUCACACUUGAACCAGGAGAAGAUUUGGAUUACUUGGUUUGGUUCAAAUGUGAUGUAGAUGGUGUUAGACAAGGGGAUUCUAUUAUAACUAAUAUAACUGGAAACCCACAACCAAAUGGUAGAUACAGCUUAAGUGAUAAUGGAAGCCUUAUUAUAUCUAACGUUCAAGUAGAGGAUGCAGGCUACUACCUGUGUAGGGUAACUACAACAGCUAACUUUACAGAAGGUUUCUCGAAUUUAACAGUCUACCACCUUGAGACACCAAUACUGGCACCGAAAGAGAAAUAUGUCAAUAGAAACAAAACUACGACAUUUACCUGCCCUUUGCCCAAUGGUGAUCCAACACCUAUCACCACCACAUGGAUCAAAGAUGGCGGUGUACUCGAUGUGUCUGAUAUUGAGAAGUAUCCACAGUCAGAUACAACAUUAGAGAUCAGCAGAGUCAAUGAAAUGGACGAAGGAGACUACCAAUGUCGAACAGAGAAUGCAGCUUACAAUGGAAAUGAAGGAAAGCUAAGUGAUAAAGGAACACUGUCAUUGUUUAGUCUCACUUCUCCAUCAACAUCCAUAGCCAGUUCUUUCACCAUAGUCACAUCAUCAACAUCCGUAUCAAGUAUUGCAGCCACGGUACCACUGAAAUGUUCAGGCUCAGAUGCUGGUCUUCUUGUUGGAAUGACGUUUUUGGGUUUCUUCUUCGGAAUCCUUUUGUCUUUAUCUAUAUUUUGCGUCCUCAGAAAGAUGAGAAAUUCAAAGGCACAGGUAAUUGAAGCAUCAUCCAGAGAUUACGAACUACCGACGGUAUCCGAAGCAACUCCAAGAGAUGGAAAACAUUCAUCGGCUUAUACGGCGUACAAAGGUGAGCCGAUGGCAGAUAAAAAGACGUAUGAAGACCUACAGUGGAAUUAUGACAAUCCAGUUAUGCCAGCUGUCUAUGUAAACGUCAAGUGAAAGGGAGGG